GAAUUCAACCCCGGACGGAACAAUUUUCGUGCGUAACCGCAUGAAAGUGCACUCUAACAGCAGUUAAUUGUAGGUUAUAUUCUUAACAGAUUUCAAUAUGCAAUUUGAAUCGAGUUAAAUGAAUUCUUAUCAAUGAUAAAGCUAGCACCAUGUAAACGAGCCUCUUGUUGCCUUGAAAAUUGAGUUAAACUAUUCGUCCAUCUAAUGAAAGUAUGAAGAAAAAACACAAGAAUUCAAAAUCAUGCUGAGUUAAAUAACAUCAAACUGUCAUUUCUAUGCAACAGCUGAUUCGACCUAACCCUAUAAUUUUUCCCUCGAUUCCACGUGUGCUCUGCAUUUCGUUAUUAUUAUCGCACAUGUCGAUUCUUUAAUUUUUUAUUUUUCGUAAGAGUAAAAAAAAUGUUAUCUGCUAGUUUAUGCAGUGAUAUUCUGGCGAUACGUUGCAUAAAUGAAUACGUAUGUAUAGGUGCAGGAAACUAUGUUGAUGUUUAUCACAGUGAGAGGAGGGAAACGGUGGCUAAACUCAAGGUGUUCGAGAAUGAUAAUAUUCAUGAUAUUGUGAAAGGACCCAGCAAUGAGUUAUUCAUUUUUGGUGGGAAGAACUUGAGUAUUUGUGAAUUUUUGAUUGACGAAAACACUGUCAAGCUCAAAUUAUACACGGUUGAACGUUUUCAUGACUGGAUUAUUGCACUUGCAUGGAAUCAUCAUGAAAACUCUACUUCAUUGAGUAUACUUUUUGCUCAUAACAGUUUAAAAUUUUAUGAAAAAAACAGCAAGAAAGCUCAUACUCUUCAGUGCCAAGAGCAAUGUAUUUUAUAUGGAGGAUCACUUUUGGCAAAAAGAGAAGAAACCAUAGUUUUUAGCGGCACUGUUUUUCAAGAAAUCUUGAUCUGGCAAGCGAAAAACAAUCUUCAGUAUUCAAACAACAUUGCUGUUCUCCAUCGUUUGAAGGGUCACAAAGGUGUAAUAUUUUCAGUAUCGUACGAUUUGGCACUCAGAACUAUUACUUCAACAUCAGAUGAUAGAACGGUCAGACUUUGGAAAAUUGAGAAACAAAAGUUUGAGGAUGGGAACGAAAUCAAUUGGAAUAAUUGCAAAAUUGAUUUAACAACAACUAUGUAUGGACACACAGCAAGAGUUUGGCGAUCAAUAAUUAGAGAAAAAAAAGUGAUAAGCAUCGGUGAAGAUUCUUUGAUGUGUAUUUGGUCUUUGGAUGGAGAGCUUUUGGACAAGAUUGAGAUCCAUAACGGCUCGGAGAUUUGGAGCAUAGAUGUGUCUGAAAAUAAUGAAAAUAUUUUCACUGGUGGAGCUGACGGAGCCGUCAAUGUUUGGCCCUUCGAGUCCCCAAUAUUCCCCCAGGAACGCUCCAUUUACACGAACGAUGAAAAAAAAAAUCCGAAAUACGUUUUUUACACUCAGUCUCGUAAUAUUCUCAUUUUCAUCGACGGAGGAUAUUUAAUCCAUUAUUGUCAAGAAUUCGGCAAGCUUAGCACAAUUUUUAAUUCAUUCAGAUUUUCCAGUUAUUCUGUUAUGCAAAUUUCUCCUGACCGCAAGAAAAUUGCAUUGGGCUCAAAGGAUGGAUAUCUGGAAAUUUACGAAGAGAUCUUCAACGAAGAAAAUUGGACGUUACGGAAAACUCUAGAAAGGAAAAUAACAGAGUCAAAAAUAUUUUCGUUACAUUGGCUGGAUAACGGAAAAAUAAUAGUUUGCGGGGAUUCUGGAAAUUUGUGGAUAAUCGAUAGGGUUGCAGAGACUGAAGAAAUGGGAUUGACUUUUAUUCUACCAGCAUGUCGCGAGCGUUGGACGACCGCAGCAAUCAUUUUCAAAAACUUUUUGGUUUGCGGUGAUCGAGCCGGCAGUAUUUAUGUCUAUAGUUUGGAUCACAGAAACCCUGAGUCCUUGCCGAAGCAAAUAUUUUCCAAAAUUCAUGGACGACUAGGUGUCCAAUCUUUUACAAUAUCGGCCAACAAACUUUUGAGUACAGGACGGGAUGGUACUCUGAGAUUUUACGAAUUUGAUGAUCAUACGCAACAACUCAAAUCGCUCCAUCCAAAGAAAAUGCCGAUGGAUUGGGUCUGUAAAGUUCUUGAGGACGGCGACGAUCUCUAUGUCAUGGGAUUCAAAGAAGUUGAGAUUAUGGUCUACAGUAUGAGUUUGAAGAGGAUCGUUAACAGAUACGCUUGCGGGGGUGGUCACAGAUCGUGGGAUUGCAAAAUCUCCAAUGGAAAAAUGAACUUUCUCUACAUAAGAGACAAGCGAGUGUACGAUGUGAAUUCGAAUCUUCGUAACACAAGCCCCCCCAUAAAAAAAGGUUUCCACACCAAAGAAAUUUACAGCGUCGAAUGUUUGAAAAUUUUGGGAGAUGACAAAAUUUUUUUAUCAGCGAGUGAAGAUUGCACUCUUCGUUUGUCUUGCAUAGUUGAAGAAAAAUCAAACAUUCAAAGGUACAGUGUCGAAACACUGGACACUUACGACAGUCAUAUAUCGAACGUGAAAUGUUUAGCAACAUUUAAUUUAGAAAAGAAUGAAAAAUUCACGAGAAGCCUUGUCGUGUCUGGAGGGGGUAGAGCCCAAUUGAAAAUUUGGGAAAUUAGAGUCAUGAACGAAGAUCGAGUGUUAACAAAUAAUUCCGUGACCUGCAGAGAGUUAUUGUCUUAUAUGUUACGUGGAACAGAUAAAGACCGUAAAAAACACGGGCGAUCUAAUGAGCCAGCAUUUUUUGUUGAUCCUGAAACUCGAUUCAUGGAUUUGAAAAUUCAAUCAUAUGAAAAUGAUCCGAAUCUCGCAAUCAUUUUCGUCGCUUGUUCCGAUGGAUACUUGCGCACUUUCGUCUACGACAUCACCAAAAAUAUUCUGCUGCUCAGUCCUUCUGUCAAUUAUUGCAAUCGUUGUACUUUAAAAAUUGAAACAUUUGUCCACGAAUCUCAAAUAAUAUUGAUGUCUAUGACGACCGAUGGAUUUGUUAGAUUCUGGCAAAUGAAUUCAACCGUUGAAAACCUCGUGGAAAACUCCAUUGAAAAAAUGAACAGAUACGACGAAGAGGCCAACGUUCCAUUUGCAAAUAUCAAAAUCCAUCAAUCUGGUAUAAAUAGCUCUGAUUUUCGCCGAAUCGAUCCUUCCACAUGGAUCUUGUUGACUGGUGGUGAUGAUAAUUUAUUAAGCCUCGUCGUCAUCGAAAUUUCGUCGAGGAAUAACAAAUUUUUUGCUAACUUGCUGACCACCUGGAAUUCAUCCUCGAUUCAUGCAGCACAAAUCACAGGUGCAAAAUUCGUCGACUGUCAUCGGAUGCUCAGCACUGGAAUAGACCAAAAAAUUUGUGUCUAUUCGUACUCAUAUGUAGAUGGUUCAUUGUCUGUUUCACAGUUGGAAGAAAAAGUUACUCUUGUGUCGGACGUACAGGGUGUAACUUUGUGCGAGUCGAACAGUGGGUUUGAUGAAAGACUGGUUUUCGUCUAUGGAAAAGGCUUCGAAGUUAUAGUCUUGACGACUGAUUCUUCAAUUUUGUAAAUUAUAUUUGUGCAAAAUACGAGAUAUGAGUUUUUUGCUGCUCAAAUAAUCUCGUUACAUCAAAGUAGUGAAACGAAGAUUUUGUAUAAAUUAGUUAUUUUUUACGAGCUGAUCAACACCAGAUUUUUGAAUAACUAACUAUUCAGAAAAUUGUCAAAGAUAAGUACAUUGUACUGCAGAUAACUUGGAAUAAAAAAAUAAAGGACAUACUA